UUUGUCUCAAAUCAGCAAACUUUUCAUAUGGGUUUUGUCUUGAUCACCAAAAAAACACGUUAUAUGCUUCUUAUUAAUGAUGCAAUUAUGAUACACACACGAUUAUUGCCUUAUUAGUCCGAUCUGUGACAAGUUUCUGUCAAUUUCUGUUUUUUUUUUAAUCAAAACGUCGUCGUCUUGUUCUUCAUGCCUGUUAUUAACUUUAUAACUUAUGAUUGAUGGCUAAAUGUUUGGAAAUGAUAUUUGUUUGCAGUGUAUUUGAUGAAUAAAAAGGGGUUUUUAGUUUAUUGCUUUUAAAGAAAUCUUGAUUGUUUUUAUGGGCAAUUCAUGCCGUGGAUCUCUUGGAGACAAAGAAGUUAAGAGCUUAAAUCAACCCAAAAACCGAUCCGGUAACGGUGAACUACCCGAUCAACAACCGUCUUCAGGCGGCCCGAUUGACAACUUGAACCACCCUCAAAAGUUCACAUCCCAAGAACCAUCCAAGCACUCGAACCGCAACCCGAAACCCGAAACUGUUGUUGAAAACGACGAAACCAUGAACCACAACGCCACUGCGAAUCAAGGUUUCUAUGUGAUCGGGCAUAAGACGGAAAACAUUCGUGAUCUUUACACAUUGGGUCAAAAGCUAGGCCAGGGUCAAUUUGGGACAACAUAUUUAUGCAAAGAGAAUUCGACCGGUAUAGAUUACGCGUGUAAAUCAAUAUCGAAACGGAAGUUGAUAUCGAAAGAAGAUGUGGAGGAUGUGAGGAGGGAGAUUCAGAUCAUGCACCAUUUGGCCGGGCACAAGAACAUUGUCACCAUUAAAGGUGCGUAUGAAGAUCCGUUAUAUGUUCAUAUUGUAAUGGAGCUUUGCAAUGGUGGAGAGUUGUUUGAUAGGAUUAUUCAAAAGGGGAAUUAUAGCGAGAGGAAAGCGGCCGAAUUAAUCAAGAUUAUUGUUGACGUCGUUCAAGCGUGUCAUUCGCUUGGAGUUAUUCAUCGCGAUUUAAAGCCCGAAAAUUUCUUGUUGAUUAACAAAGACGAUGACUUUUCGUUAAAGGCGAUUGAUUUUGGGCUCUCGGUGUUCUUCAAACCAGGUCAAAUAUUCACAGAUGUGGUAGGAAGCCCAUAUUAUGUUGCCCCCGAGGUGUUGUUGAAGCGUUACGGGCCCGAAGCCGACGUAUGGACAGCGGGGGUGAUACUUUACAUACUUUUAAGCGGUGUACCUCCGUUCUGGGCCGGAAUAUAGCACAACUGGCUCAGGUUUCUAUCUUGAAAAAGCCAGGUCUGUGGGAACCCCUCAACAUACCUCCCACCAUACGGUCAAUUAUUUGCCUCAACUUGCCUAGCUUUUCGGGUGGACUUAAUCCAUGGGGCAUGCCAAGCAAAAGGAGACUCAGUGGGAAAGAAUGGACAUUUCCGUAUGUUGAUGAUGGAUUUCUCGAGAUUGUUGGAUUCCGAAAUGCUUGGCAUGGCGCUGUUUUAUACGCUCCAGCUGGACACGGGACCCGUCUUGCACAGGCAAGAGGAAUCCGUUUCGAAUUUCGUAAGCGUGCAACUGACCAUACAUUCAUGAGGAUGGACGGGGAGCCAUGGAAACAACCUCUGCCUAAGGAAAACGACACUGUUACUAUAGAGAUUUCAUGUUCUGGUCAAGUGAGUAUGCUAGCAACCGGAAACCACCCAUCCGAAGCACAAAAAAAGUUUGGUGCAGCUAACAGUUUCCAAUUGCCUGAAGACUUUCAUAUAUCUCAAGUGAGUUAGUUAUUUGGUAUGAAUUUGUUCAUUCUUGGGGUCCUAGCGCCGAUAUAUAUAUUUGACUAUAAGUAUUGUUUGAUUUGUUCAUAUGGCAUUGGUUUGGAAGUUUAGUUGGACACUGACUAGAAUUGUAAAUCAUUAGUGAACCUUGUAGAUUUUAAAGUAAAGAAAGAGACUCAAUGGUAUAAUGCAGUUUGGAUGUCA